AUGAGGAAGAAAAGAAAUCUGGCUUUGGAUCAUGUUGCAGUUCUCUCUGUCCAGCAGGUGGCAGCACUUACCUUUAUCUCAGAGAGGUUUCCUCCUGUUGGCAUUAGGGUGCAGGAGUUGCCGUUGGUCACAAUGAGGUUUCUGAUCUCACUGUGUGUGUCUCUACUGCUGCUGAUUAAUGGUGAAAUGAUCAAUGGACAAACUUCAGUUGCUUUCAGCAGCAUCAGCAGUGAUCCCUGCUACAACUAUGAGUCUCUGGAUCGUCCCUGGAGAGCCAACAAUGAAAGUGGAAAUUACGUUUGUGAUGAAUCUUUCUCCUGGAAUGGCUGGUACCGGCUUUUCUACUAUGGAAUGAACAUCCAGAUGUCAGAGACCUGUGUUAGUACAUACAGCUGUAAUGUAAACAUCAAUCUGUGGCUCAACGGUUCUCACCCUCAGAUAGAGGAUGGAGUGGUGAUCAGAGAGGUCUGUGGCAAUUAUUGGGGUAACUGCUGUGAUUACAAGAUAAACCCCCUCAGAGUGAAAGCGUGUCCAGGAAAUUACUACGUCUAUGAACUUGUGAAUCCACAAAUCUGGUGUUCAGGAUACUGCACAGAUGUCAGCACCAUUUCACGGCCGAUUUCCACUGUAAGUCCAGAUAUAAUUACUGGAUCCAGCAUUACCUCGAAUUAUGACCCGUGCAAUAACUACAACAUACUAGACAACCACCGGAGAAGCACACUCAAUUACUGGUAUUGGAAUGGCGAUGCAAAUGGACUUGAUGACACUCGUGUAGAAUGGGAUGGCUGGUAUCGGCUCUUCAUUAAUGGAUCAAGUGCUCAGAUGCCUGACUGGUGUGCAUCAUUUAUGUCAUGUGGAGGUUUUAGUGCUCUGUAUCUUGGCGGCUCUCAUCCUCAGCUAGAAGAUGGAGUUGUUACCCGUGAAAUUUACGGCUCUCACUAUGAUCAGUGCAGUCGCUACAGAUCUGAACCAAUCCAAGUUAAAUCUUGUCCUGGAAAUUAUUAUGUCUACAAAUUUACCAGACCAACUCUUUCAAUCCCAGCUCCUGUAUAUUGUGCAGUAUUGUUAACCACUCCAAGUGUCGACCCCUGCUACAACUACACCAGUCUGGAUGAGCCUUGGAGAGCCACUAAUUACUCUAACAUUGGCAUGUGUGAAAAUAAUGUGGAGUGGAAUGGCUGGUACAGGCUGUUCUACAAUGGUCAAAAUACUCAGAUGCCAGAAUCAUGUGUUAAUUAUGGCAUGUGUGGCACUUAUCACCCACUAUCACUCAACGGCCCUCGUCCACAGCUGGAAGAUGGAGUGGUCACCCGUCAGGUCUGUUUAUCAGUGGGUGGCUGCUGUGACUACAAAUCCCACCCUAUAAGAGUCAAAGCCUGUCCUGGAAAUUACUAUGUUUAUGAGUUUGUUAAGCCAAUGUUUUGCUCAGCUUACUGUGUAGCACCAGAAGUAUUUUAUCCAUUCGGCUCAGCAGCUGGAGACACAAUAAAUGCAGCUGUUGAAGAUGGAAGCUCUUCUGUUAUUCAGCUGUUGAGUCCAUUUCUGUUCUUUGGCCGCACAUACCAGCAGAUUUAUGUUAAUAAUAAUGGACACCUCACAUUCAACCAGCCUUCAUCGCAGAGUGUUCCAGACAACUUUCCUUCUUAUGAAAGCCAAGAUAGAAUUGCUGGUCUUUGGACUAAUCUUGACAACCGCCUGAAAGGUGUUGUUUCAUAUCGUCAGUACACCAGUGGAAAUGUUCUCACACGCGCCUCUCAGGAUAUAAACACACAUUUCCCAAAUCUGAACUUCAAUGCUUCUUGGGUGUUUGUUGCAACAUGGAAUAAAGUCGCUUACUUCAACUUAACCAACACAGAAACAUCAUUUCAAGUGGUUUUAAUUUCAGGCGGUAAUUUUUCAUUUAUUCUGAUGAAUUAUGGUGACAUUGCUGUAACUGAACAUCCAGUGCAGGCUGGUUAUGACACAGUAGACUCCACACACUACUUUGUGAUUCCCGAAUCAAUCAAUGGGAGCUUCAUCUCAAACCUCAGGAACUCCAGUAAUGUCGAUGUUCCCGGUCGAUGGGUCUUCAGGGUGGACAGUGGACCAAGAAACAGCAUCUUGAAAAACGAUGUCGUUGGAUUUCGAGUGAGACUUUCCUCAUUUUUAGACCUGACACAGAGUGGCAGCACUGAAAUACUUUUACAGCAAAUAAAGCAGGAGCUGGUCAAGUACAGUCUGCCAAACAGCAUCGAACUGAAGUUAAGAAAACUGCAAAAGACAAAGCCGUAAUUUCCUUCUCCUUCAGGAAAAGAAGUAAAACCAGUUCGUUUAGCAUUUGACAACAAAUAUCCCUGACGACUGAUGAUGUAAAAGCUUCAGUUUUUCGUUAAGGUGAUUUACAGAGGAUUCAAACCAGCAU